AUGACCACACCUCCUCGGCAAAGGAUCCGUGGGGCGUCCUUUAAACAAGAGUAUCAGUCCGCAGUUGCACGAAGGCCCCGUCAACGUGCUCCGUCAAUGAAUCAAGAACUCAACAGUAAAUGGGUUCUUCCUGAGCAAGACCCAAGAUAUCGGGGGAAGCUGACUUUAGCCCUCGACCUUGAUGAAACCUUGGUGUAUGCAAGGGAGGGACCUCUUUACGCUCGUCCUGGUCUGGAUGAAUUUUUCAAGCUUUGUAGGGAGAAAUGUGUUGAAGUUGUUGUUUGGACGGCGGGUCUUCGAGCCUAUGCUCAAGCAAUUAUAAGAAACAUUGACAAGGGAAGGGUGAUAUGUCAUUGCAUAUACCGUCACAGCAAAUGGUUUACGGGUUACGCAGGAUAUCAAAAGGAUCUAUCGGCUCUUGGAAGACCUCUUGACCGAGUACUUAUAAUUGAGAAUACCCCAGAUUGUAUUCGAGGAUACCAACAGAAUGGUAUUCUUGUGGAGGACUAUGAGGGUGGUGAGGCUCCUGAUAAUACUAUUCCUGCUCUCAUAGAUCUUGUUCGAAAUCUGUGCGAUAGUUCAAUGACCGUGCCUCAAUUUAUUGUUUCUUGUCCGAUGUUAAAACACGCUUCCAUUCAGACCGAUCUUGGAGAUUUUAUCAAUGUUUAUAAAUUGGAUGUGGCGGUUUGGAAGCCAGGAGAGCAUGUUCGUAUCAAUCGUGAUUUGGCUCCCUUGGCUGGACGAGCAUCGCAGGAUGAAUUUCCCAGCACAACUGGAGUUGCUAGAGGUGGCGUAGCUGGAACACGUCAGUGA